CAACUUGACCACCUCGUUUCACGAGUACCGCUCCACACUUUCAUUGAACGAGUCGGUCUCUUUUGAGGAUUAUUUCCACGCCACGUUCCCCCUCUCCAACACAACCCUCCCCGCGGUACGAGGGUUCAACAUCACGUCUCCGGUACCGAGCCCCUCUGUCCAGGGCCUCACCGAUUCAAUCCUUACUGCGACCGACGGGGCGUGGACCGUUUCCCCGGGGCAAAACAGCUACAACAGCGCCAUCUCUGGCAACGUCACCGAUGAGAUUCUUGGGGUCGACAGGACGACGGCCGAGAUCGUGGUCAUCUCCAUAGUGGUCGGCCUACUGGCCAUUCUAACGGCCGGAGGAAACAUGCUGGUCAUCGUGGCCUUUAAGUUGGAUAAAAAUUUACAGACGGUCAGUAACUACUUCUUGCUGAGCCUGGCCGUGGCGGACCUGACCAUUGGUAUAGUAUCUAUGCCACUGUACACGGUGUACCUUCUGAUGGGGUACUGGCCGCUCAAGGCACUGAUGUGUGACAUCUGGCUCUCUCUCGACUACACCAUGAGCAACGCCUCCGUGGCCAACCUGAUCAUCAUCAGCUUCGACAGGUACCUCAGCGUCACGAGGCCCCUAACCUACAGGGCCAAGCGAACUCCGCGGAGGGCGGCGACCAUGAUAGGGUGCGCCUGGGUGAUAUCCUCCCUGAUAUGGACGCCUUGGAUAUUCGCGUGGCCGUACAUCGAGGGCAAGCGCACGGUGCCGUCCAACGACUGCUACAUCCAGUUUCUAAAAACGAACCACUACAUCACGGUCAUAACGGCCAUGUUCGCGUUCUACAUCCCCGUCAUCAUCAUGUCGGUCCUGUACUUCCGGAUCUACAUGGAGACGCAGAAGCGGCAGAAGGAUCUGCCGAAGCUUCAGGGUAUGCACAAGUCCAAGAAGAUCAAAGACCCUCAGCAGCGGCAGCAUCAUUCGAGUAAGAAAUCCAUGGCGUCCAGCGAUGAGGAGGGCUACUCGAGCACGAGCGAGCGGGGAAACAAUCUGGUCAACCAGAACUGCAACGACCUGAGCGAGACGCCGACGGUGAAGAGCAAACUUUUGGGGUGCCUGAAAAUCGAUCGGGACUCGGAUUAUUUGGAGGACUCGAGCUCCAGCGAGCCACCGGGAUCUCCCCCGACGUCCAACGCCCAUUCGAACAGCACGCUGCCAGCCUUGUGCACCCCCCGGAGUAACGGGGAGAAGGGUCUGCCCAGACAAGACUCGGAGAAUUCCACCACGAGCUUGCAGGUCCCUUGCUCCAAACCGUCGCGGUCGGUGCGGAUGAACUUCAGCACCUCGCUUAUACCCUUGCUACCGAUAGAAACGCCCACAUCGCCGUAUUCAAUCUACCGUGACAUGAGCCUGGACACCAUGUCGUCUACCCCGGAACAGCCUUCCUGCCCACUGACGGACGUGGCCACGUCCAGAACUCCCUGCGUCUUGACCACGUCGUUUUCCGACCCGGUUUCGACGACAAUCGUCGAGGAUCCGAUCUCCGACUCGGUCACGUCUCCGGUCAAGUUGAGACGCCACCUCAGAGAGAGCGACGAAGAGGAAGAGGACGAUGACGAGACGGCCAUGUUCCGGGUGUUGAUCCGUCUGCCCGAGGACAACAACUGCGGCUCGCGGCCGACCAUCAGGAUGGAGCCGGAGGAAGACCUCGACCGGUUCAGUGAAAUGAAUCCCUCACUCGUGCAGCGGAACGAGAGCGACACGGAUGACGACGAUCUACAGUCGGGGAGGUUUCACGACCGGCCCUCACUCCCGCCCCCGGUCCGCCCCCCGACGGGAACACCGGCGCUCGCUCGCCGCGCCCAGAGCAGUGACUCCAACAAGGUGGCCAUGCAGGCCAAGAUAGCCGCAAAGGCGGCCACCCGCGUCAACAAGGCCAGGCAGAUAGCCCGGUCCAAGGUACAAUCUCGGCGCCAGGAAAGACGCCAGGACCAAAAGGCGGCGAAGACUUUGACCGCCAUUUUGUUGGCGUUCAUAGUCACGUGGACUCCUUACAAUAUCUUUGCCGUCGUGCAAGUGUUCUGUGGAGGUUGUAUUAAUGGAACUCUCUAUGCUAUAGGUAAGAUGGCCUCUAGUUAG